CAGGAACCAAAACCGAUAAGAGUGGCGGCAAGUUUAUCAGUUUGUUUGGCAGUUUCUGAUAAGUUUGACUUUCGACAUGUGUCAACGUUGCAGUGCUUUCCGUCGUACCUGUAGUAGGAAGUAAAGCGAAAUGAUAUGUCAAUUUAUUGGAGUCUGUUCACUGCUAACUGCUUUGCUGAUACUGCAAGCUAGCGGACAGAGAAACGUGCUCGUUAUACUAGCCGACGAUGGAGGUUUUGAGACCGGCGUCUACAACAACACCGUUUGCAAGACACCAAAUCUGGUCAAGCUCGCUCAACAGGGGGUCGUGUUCCGAAAGGCCUUCACCGCUGUGAGCAGUUGCUCACCCAGCCGAUCGUGCCUGCUUACCGGUCUUCCAACGCACCAAAAUGGCAUGUACGGUCUCCACCAAGGCGUACAUGCCUUCCAGUCAUUCCCGGAGGUCAAGUCGCUGCCCUUGCUUUUGUCUCAACAUGGCAUUCGAACUGGCAUUAUUGGAAAAAAGCAUGUUGGCCCCGAAGAGGUGUACCCUUUCGACUUUGCACACACUGAGGAAAACAACUCUAUUCUACAAGUCGGACGGAACAUUACGAAGAUAAAACACCUCGUGCGGAAGUUCCUCUCUACCAAUGACACAAGGCCGUUCUUCCUCUACGUGGCUUUCCACGACCCUCACCGUUGCGGCCACACCCACCCGCAGUACGGCCAGUUCUGCGAAAAGUUCGGCGACGGCUCUCCGGGCAUGGGACGGAUCCCAGACUGGACUCCUCAGCUCUACGAUCCCAGUCGAGUCGUCGUGCCCUCAUUUGUUCCAGACACACCAGCAGCACGAGAGGACAUAGCAGCUCAGUACACGACCGUUGGGCGACUGGACCAGGGAGUGGGCCUUGUGUUGGCAGAGCUGGAGGCUGCUGGGUUCACUGAUAACACUCUCGUUAUCUACUCUUCUGACAAUGGAAUUCCGUUUCCCAAUGGACGGACAAAUUUAUACGAGCCUGGCAUCCAGGAACCUAUGAUAGUGAGCAACCCGGAAGCAGCAGGGUCUGCUGGCACAGUAAGGCAUUCAGAUGCACUGGUCAGCCUCCUGGACAUCGUGCCCACCGUUCUCGAGUGGUUUUCCAUUCCCGUUCCGCAGUACACCAUCUUCAAAAAGCCGGUCACAUUCACGGGCUCUUCACUGCUGCCGCUGCUUGCUCCACGAGGACCAGCAUCAUCAGAGUCCCGAGAUUUUGUCUAUGCAAGCCACAGCCUUCACGAGAUCACCAUGUACUACCCCAUGAGGAUGAUCCGCUCCUCAAACUUGAAGCUAGUCCACAACCUCAACUACAAGAUGCCAUUUCCGAUCGACCAGGACUUCUAUGUGUCACCGACGUUCCAAGAUUUGCUGAACCGGACGAAGCGUGGGGAACCGCUCCACUGGAGUAAGACGCUCGACAGUUACUACUACAGGGACGAGUGGGAACUGUACGAUUUGGAGAGAGACCCGAACGAGCUGUCCAACAUUGCGAAGAACGAAACCUACGCCCCGGUUCUGUCGCAGCUCCAGCAGCUGCUCUUCAAGUGGCAGCAGACUACACAGGACCCCUGGAUUUGUGCGCCACAUUCGGUUCUGGAAGAUUCGGGCUCGUUCAAAAAGGAUCCCAAGUGUCUCCCACUCCUCAACGAACGCUAAAGAGUAAACGCUCACAGAGGUGAGCAGCGGACACAGAUGUAAAAAAAGGGCACAAAUGGAACAUUCAACAUUUCAUGAAUCACUUCCUCGAUGGCAUACCAUGUGUGAAACAAUGGUUGACACCGACUGUUGAAUCUGCCAGUAGUCCAGUGUAAUGGGUACAUCGGAACCAUUUUUCUGUGUAGCAGGAGUCGCAUGGACAAAAGAAUGAAAUUAGGUACGUUGUAUUACCGGUCGUUUUGUCUAUUUGCAUUUAUCACUUCAGUGGUCUGCGCAGUUUGCAUUCACCACAGUAGUUGCCUAUAUUGUACCUGCAGAAAAAUACUAGUUGGGCACACCAACAAUACGUACUACAAAACUUAGUUGAAUUUUUAAUUGCAUUUUAGGUGAUCCCAUGAAAUUUAAAUGGUGUGUCACGCACGUCCAUGCAUGGGCUUUUGCCCUUCAAUUUGAACUAGAAUACCAUACAGCAGUGUUUGAUCUCCAAUCCGUGCAGCUGUACAUUUCAUGCUGCACCUAACAUUUUAAUUCUGUUCAAUCACCUUAUCUUCUGCUUCAAAAAUGCAGUGUGUAGUCAAACGUGCUAGCGUUCGCUUUGCGAGCAUUUACAUUUCUGGAUCACUAUGUAAACUACAAUCAAUAUACUCAUGCUUAGUUAGCACAAACUUUUGCCAGCCUGCUGAACUCGCUGUGCUCGCCAAAGACCAGGUGCUGUAAUCUUGAAGAGCCAGUAUCAAUGAUACUACCUGCAUUUUUGAACCCAACUAGGCAUUUGGCUCCAUAGGGAGUUGAGUGUCUGUAACUUGUUCGUAAAAGAAAAUUUGAUUGAUUUGACGUUAGCUGAUCAAACCCAGGUCUAAAAUGUCGUCGCCUUAUGCCAGAAGUUUUCCUGGAAUAUGUUUAGCACUUCGCAUUCCCACGCAAGGUGAUGGAACAGAGGUGAUGGAACAGAGGUGUCGCAGGACACCUCUUGGAUUCAAGUUCUUGCAUUGCUGUGGUUGCUAAAGGUGGCAUAGGACCCAAGCUUACCUUACGGGCCAAAAUCGUGUCAAAAUGACACGAAGUGGUAGAAGCUGGAAC